AUGUUCUCAUAUCUGGCUCAUCGUCGCUCUUGUCGUGUGAAGCAGCAAGAACGAAAUGAACGCAUCCAGCGUCUCUCGCCUGUCUAUCACACCGCGCUAUCCGAAGCCGACAAGAGUAUUCUUGCCAAACCAGUCUCUGAGAUUGUCGCCAGCGUACAGGCGGGCGAGCUUAGCCCGUCGGAUGUCCUCGUUGUGUACGGCAAGAAGGCCUUGAAAGCGCAUGCGGCGACGAACUGUCUCACUGAAGUUCUCAUCCCCAGCGCAGAGGAAUGGGCGAAGACCUGCGACACAAAUGGUCCCCUCGCGGGCAUGCCGGUCAGUCUGAAGGACGAGAUCUCCAUCGCUGGAUUCGACGCGUGCAUCGGAUACUCUGCGUGGGUCGGCAAGACCAUCAAGACGGAUUCAGCUCUUGUGAAGUUGCUUCGUGAUGCUGGUGCAGUACCGUUCGUGAAGACAAACGUGCCUGUGACUAUGCUAUCGUUCGAGGCUGCAAACGAAGUCUUCGGCACGACAACGAAUCCACACAGCAAGGACUACGCGCCCGGUGGAUCGUCCGGUGGUGAGGCCGCCCUGCUCGCCUAUGGAGGAUCACGUAUUGGGGUCGGUUCGGAUGUAGCAGGCUCCGUGAGAGUGCCCUCCCAUUACUCCGGCACUUACACGGUGAAAGCGUCCUCGCGUCGAUUCUUGAAGGCAGGCAAUUCUAACUCCAGUAUACCUGGUGAAGAGGGCGUCCCUGUGGCGUUCUCUCCGAUGGCACGAACGCUUGAAGAUCUCGAGACCUUCUGGCGCGCUGUCAUGAGUAUGAAACCGUGGCAGUAUGAUGAUUCGGUGUUGCCUAUCCCUUGGCGUGAAAUUGACUUAUCUGCAACCAAAUCUCUUCGGUGGGGUGUCUUGUGGGACGAUGGUGUUGUCAUCCCUUCCCCUGUAUGUCGCCGUGCACUGCAAGAGGUUGUCGACGUCCUUCAAGCUGAUGGACACGAGGUGGUUCCUAUUAAUCCACCUAGCCCGUACGAGGGCCUACGUCUCGCAUCUCAGUUGUUGUACGCAGAUGGAGGCAAAAUGUGUAUCAAGCCCAUGCGUUAUGGCGAGUUCAAUGACCCCGGUGUAAUACAGGCUCUAGCAAUGUUCCGCACGCCGCGCUUCGUCAAGAGGCUCUAUGCCUGGUACCUCAGACACAUCCGCGGUGAUGAGGUGUACGCAGGGCUCGUAGAGGAUUGGUCAGAGAAAACGAUCCCAGAAUAUUUAAUGCUCGUCUCGCAGCGUGAUUCGUAUCGAGAACGGUGGCACCAGUUCUUGCAAGACCAGGCGCUCGAUUUCGUGAUCACUGUGCCGAACGCGCACCCUGCUGUGCCUCACGGAGGCAUAAAGGAUGGGUGGAAAUCAUGUGGAUAUACCUUCUUAUGGAAUUUGUUGGACUACUCCGCGGGGGUGCUUCCGGUCACACAUGUGGAUCAGGCGAAGGACGCCCUCCCUGCUUUCAAACCGAGAAAUGCUAUCGAACGAGGUGCGUACAAAACGUACGACGCAAGAAAGAUGCACGGCUUGCCUGUGGGCGUCCAAGUUAUUGGGAGACGGGUGGAGGAAGAGAAGGUGUUGGAAGGUAUGAAGAUCAUUCAGAGGCUCCUCAAUCAGCAGGGAAACGUAUACAUUCCCUUGGAGCUCGACUAG